CCAUCUUAGCAAGCGGUCUAGAAUCCCUUGCACACGGUACUUCUCCUACAGUUGACCGGCAGCCAGGGGACUCGUGUGAUCAAGAAGCAAAAGAAGCAGCUCUGCAAUCAAGCUCGGGUAAUUUCAGGUCUCUGUUGAAGCUUGAGUAUUUGCGGCAAAUGUCACCACAGCAGGCUUUUGACUACAUGCACGUCCACGAUCAAAAAGACAAGAAGCUAUGGUAUGAUUUUGGCCCCGAACCGGAGGCCAAGAUUAGCGAGAAAGACUUUCGCAAGCAGUUUCGCCACAUGGAUUUCGACUCGGUCCUACAAUAUGUCGCUUUUCCCCGUAUAGAGCUCGGAAAAGAUGCCGAUGAAGGCGAAAACGAGACUGACGAGCUGCAUAGAGGACGGCAAGACACGAUUUCUCUCUUCAAGUGGUUGCGGGAAGAGGGUGUCAAGCAAAUUGUUCGUGUCAAGGUUGAUGACAUGGAGAUGCCCUGUCACAGCGACGAAGCUAUUGAAGAAGCCCUUGCUGGUUUUGAUGUCGAGGCCGCCCUUGACUGAAAACGCGAGGAUAUCGAAGUCACCACAGUCCAUCGCAUAGGCGACAACUCCGCGAGAUUCAUUUAUGUUGGGGCGGACGGAACGCCGUACUCCGAUCGUGGAGCGAGAAGGAAGAAGGACUUUGCAAGCUUCCUGCGCUAGAAAAGAACACUGUCAAACACAUCCGGGGCCUUGAAAGCGAAUCCCGGACAAAAACAACCCUGGAAUUCUUCCAGGCUCGGCUCAACGAGUCUUGGGUGACGGGAGGAACCGAAGACGGGCAAUUGACUGCCACAGGACCGAACGGUAGCACCAAACAAAAGACCAAGCCGAGACAAACUCCCACAGUUCACCUACCAAGGUCUAGCCAAACACGCACUCAGCAUCCAGAUCAUCUCGGCCAUACUAUCAACACGUCACAACCGUAAGAACGUCGGGUUGAUCCUCAUAAGUGGAUGCUUUAUAUGGAAGAGUUUGCAUUAUCGUUUCGUCAGAUUCGUGAACUUCCUCUAACGUCCACCAGUCGAGGACCGCGCCGCUCAUGGAAUCCUGCAAGAGCUUGAACACUCGAGAUAAUCCCUGGCGGUGCUCGUCAUUGAGGCAUAGGAUGAACCCCGCCCAUCCCUGAACUUGC